AUGGCUGGUUCAAAGGGCCUUGAUCUUACCUCUGGGAUAGUCACCAUCCAUAUUGUGAAUUGUACACACAUAGACAAACUUACGCAGCAUGCAAUCCUUAAUAAUUUUGCAAUGGCGAACUGGAAUGCCUGCGUCAACCCGGGAAAGACUGACGUUCUCCCUUUUGAAAGCCGCAGUCCACAGUUCGUGUCCUGUUACAUUGCCAUACCAAACAAGCCGGAUAGGAAGACAUAA